UGUACUAGAAUAGCACAACCAUGUUUCGGAAUAGCCUCAAGAUGCUUCUUACUGGUGGGAAAUCAAGUCGCAAAAAUAGGUCAAGUGAUGGAGGGAACGAGGAACCAACCGAUCGAAGACAGUCAAGUGUAGAUUCUCGCCAAGGCCGCUCUGGGCAAGGUGGCAUCUCCACAGAAAGCGAUUGUGCUUUUGAGCCAGACUAUGCUGUUCCACCACUUCCAAUGAGUGAAGGUAUGCAGCACAUUCGGAUUAUGGAGGGCAUGUCUCGCUCUCUUCCAUCCUCCCCCUUACUCACACAUCAGUCUAUCAGUGUUCGGCUCCAGCCUGUGAAGAAGUUAACUGCCCCUCUGAGGAAAGCAAAGUUUGUUGAGAGCCCACGAAUUCCAGAAUCCGAGCUUGGCUCCCCAACACUUACUUCAGCUCAGAAACUGGACGUGGAUGCAUACUGCCCUGGUGAUGCUGAACAGGAACUUGGCCCCCCUCCAUCUGUAGAUGAGGCAGCGAACACACUCAUGACUCGUCUUGGUUUUCUCCUUGGAGAAAAAGUUACGGAAGUUCAGCCAGGUGACCAAUACAGCAUGGAAGUACAGGACGAAAGUCAGACCUCAGCAAUCACUCAGCGGAUUAGUCCUUGUUCCACCCUGACUAGCAGCACUGCCUCUCCACCAGCCAGUAGCCCCUGCUCUACUCUCCCACCAGUCAGUACAAAUGCAACUGCCAAGGAUUGUAGCUAUGGGGCUGUUACUAGUCCAACCUCCACUCUUGAAAGCAGAGAUAGUGGCAUCAUUGCUACAUUGACAAGCUAUUCUGAAAAUGUGGAACGCACAAAAUAUGUUGGAGAAAGCAGUAAAGAAUUAGGAUCUGGAGGAAACCUAAAGCCUUGGCAGUCUCAAAAAUCCAGCAUGGACUCCUGUCUAUAUCGAGUAGAUGAAAACAUGACUGCUUCUACCUAUAGUCUAAAUAAGAUUCCAGAGAGGAAUUUAGAAACAGUUUUAUCUCAAUCAGUACAAUCUAUUCCUUUGUAUCUUAUGCCUCGGCCAAAUUCAGUAGCAGCCACCAGCUCUGCCCACCUGGAAGACCUUGCUUACCUGGAUGAGCAGAGACAUACACCUUUGAGAACUUCUCUUCGAAUGCCAAGGCAGAGUAUGGGUGGAGCACGCACGCAGCAGGAUUUAAGAGUUCGCUUUGCACCUUACAGGCCUCCAGAUAUCUCCCUGAAGCCUCUGCUCUUUGAAGUCCCCAGCAUCACUACAGAGUCAGUGUUUGUUGGUCGAGAUUGGGUUUUCCAUGAAAUAGAUGCUCAACUUCAAAGUUCAAAUGCCAGCGUGAACCAAGGAGUGGUGAUUGUGGGAAAUAUUGGGUUUGGAAAAACUGCCAUCAUCUCAAGACUGGUGGCCCUUAGCUGCCAUGGUACCCGGAUGAGACAGAUCGCCUCAGACAGUCCACAUUCCUCCCCAAAACAUGUAGAUGCCAACAGAGAGCUCCCACUCACACAGCCACCUGCAGCCCACUCAUCCAUCACCAGUGGAAGCUGCCCAGGAACCCCAGAAAUGCGCAGGCGGCAAGAGGAGGCUAUGAGAAGACUAGCCUCACAGGUGGUUGCCUAUCACUAUUGUCAAGCAGAUAAUGCCUAUACUUGCCUGGUACCAGAAUUUGUCCACAAUGUGGCUGCCCUGCUCUGCCGCUCACCUCAGCUGACAGCAUAUCGGGAACAGCUUCUUCGAGAGCCUCACCUGCAAAGCAUGCUGAGCCUUCGGUCCUGUGUUCAAGACCCCAUGGCUUCCUUCCGGAGAGGAGUCCUAGAGCCCCUAGAGAAUCUCCAUAAAGAGAGAAAAAUCCCAGAUGAAGAUUUCAUCAUUUUAAUUGAUGGAUUAAAUGAAGCAGAAUUUCACAAACCGGAUUAUGGGGAUACAAUUGUAUCAUUUCUGAGUAAAAUGAUUGGAAAAUUUCCUUCUUGGCUCAAACUAAUUGUAACAGUUAGGACCAGUUUACAGGAAAUUACCAAGUUGCUGCCUUUCCAUAGGAUUUUUUUGGAUCGACUAGAAGAGAAUGAAGCCAUAGACCAGGACCUGCAGGCUUACAUCCUGCACCGGAUACACAGCAGCUCAGAGAUCCAGAAUAACAUUUCACUUAAUGGCAAAAUGGACAAUACUACAUUUGGCAAGCUCAGUUCUCAUCUGAAGACCCUCAGUCAGGGGUCUUAUCUAUACCUGAAACUCACAUUUGACCUCAUAGAGAAAGGCUAUCUAGUGUUAAAGAGCUCUAGCUACAAAGUAGUUCCUGUUUCACUCUCAGAGGUUUAUUUACUCCAGUGCAAUAUGAAGUUCCCAACCCAGUCUUCCUUUGACCGGGUGAUGCCUCUCCUGAAUGUGGCAGUGGCCUCUCUCCACCCACUGACUGAUGAGCAUAUCUUUCAGGCCAUCAAUGCUGGUAGCAUUGAAGGUACACUAGAAUGGGAAGAUUUUCAGCAAAGAAUGGAGAACCUCUCCAUGUUCCUAAUCAAGCGCAGAGACAUGACUCGUAUGUUUGUACAUCCUUCUUUUCGAGAAUGGCUUAUCUGGAGAGAAGAAGGAGAGAAAACCAAAUUUCUGUGUGAUCCCAGGAGUGGUCACACGUUACUUGCCUUUUGGUUUUCCCGCCAAGAGGGAAAACUAAACCGACAGCAGACCAUUGAACUGGGACAUCAUAUCCUCAAAGCACACAUCUUUAAGGGUUUGAGUAAAAAAGUUGGUGUAUCAUCCUCCAUCCUCCAAGGUCUCUGGAUCUCCUAUAGCACAGAAGGUCUUUCCAUGGCAUUGGCAUCUUUACGAAAUCUCUACACUCCAAAUAUAAAGGUCAGCCGACUGUUGAUUUUGGGAGGUGCCAAUAUUAAUUACCGGACAGAGGUUUUAAAUAAUGCUCCAAUUCUAUGUGUUCAGUCUCAUCUUGGUUAUACAGAAAUGGUGGCCCUGCUUUUAGAGUUUGGGGCCAACGUGGAUGCCUCAUCUGAAAGCGGCCUGACUCCUCUGGGGUAUGCUGCAGCAGCAGGGUUCCUGAGCAUUGUGGUGCUACUGUGCAAGAAACGGGCCAAGGUGGAUCACUUGGAUAAGAAUGGGCAGUGUGCCUUGGUUCAUGCUGCACUCCGAGGUCAUCUAGAGGUUGUAAAAUUUUUGAUUCAGUGUGACUGGACAAUGGCUGGCCAGCAGCAAGGAGUGUUUAAGAAGAGCCAUGCCAUCCAGCAGGCCCUCAUUGCUGCAGCUAGCAUGGGUUACACUGAGAUUGUCUCCUACCUACUUGAUCUUCCAGAAAAAGAUGAAGAAGAAGUGGAGCGAGCACAGAUCAACAGCUUUGACAGUCUCUGGGGAGAGACAGCCCUUACAGCUGCAGCCGGCAGGGGUAAACUGGAGGUGUGCCGUCUGCUCUUGGAACAAGGUGCUGCAGUGGCCCAGCCAAACCGCCGAGGGGCGGUGCCCCUAUUUAGCACUGUUCGCCAGGGCCACUGGCAGAUUGUUGAUCUUCUGCUCACCCAUGGAGCUGAUGUCAAUAUGGCAGAUAAGCAAGGCCGCACUCCCCUAAUGAUGGCUGCUUCUGAAGGCCACCUGGGAACCGUUGACUUUCUACUUGCACAAGGUGCCUCCAUUGCUCUAAUGGAUAAGGAAGGGUUGACAGCACUCAGCUGGGCUUGUCUGAAAGGCCAUCUCUCAGUGGUACGCUCUCUGGUGGAUAAUGGAGCUGCCACCGACCAUGCUGACAAGAAUGGCCGUACCCCACUGGACCUGGCAGCUUUUUAUGGUGAUGCCGAAGUGGUCCAGUUCCUGGUAGAUCAUGGGGCCAUGAUCGAGCACGUUGACUACAGUGGAAUGCGCCCUUUGGAUAGGGCAGUAGGGUGCCGGAACACUUCUGUUGUUGUCACUCUCCUGAAGAAAGGAGCCAAAAUAGGUUGUCAGACGUUACCGAGUCGCCCACGAGGUCCAGCCACAUGGGCGAUGGCCACCUCCAAACCAGACAUCAUGAUCAUCCUGUUGAGCAAGCUGAUGGAAGAGGGGGACAUGUUUUAUAAGAAAGGUAAAGUAAAGGAAGCUGCCCAGCGCUACCAGUAUGCUCUGAAGAAAUUCCCUAGAGAAGGGUUUGGUGAGGACUUGAAAACCUUCCGAGAGCUAAAAGUGUCUCUCCUCCUCAACCUCUCUCGAUGUCGCCGGAAAAUGAAUGAUUUUGGAAUGGCGGAGGAAUUUGCUACUAAGGCCCUGGAGCUGAAACCGAAAUCUUAUGAAGCUUACUAUGCAAGAGCAAGGGCAAAACGCAGCAGCAGACAGUUUGCAGCGGCCUUAGAGGACCUGAACGAGGCCAUCAAGCUAUGUCCAAACAACCGUGAGAUCCAGAGACUCCUCAUGAGGGUAGAAGAAGAGUGCAGACAGAUGCAGCAACAGCAGCAGCAACCUCCACCACCACCACCACCACCACAGCAGCAGCCUCAGCAGCAGUUACCGGAAGAGACAGAACCUGAACCCCAGCAUGAAGAUAUAUACUCCGUACAAGAUAUAUUCGAGGAGGAAUACCUGGAACAGGAUGUUGAAAAUGUUUCCAUUGGCCUCCAGACAGAGGCUCGGCCCAGUCAGGGGCUCCCAAUAAUCCAGAGCCCACCCUCCUCUCCAGCCCAUCGGGAUUCAGCCUACAUCUCUAGCUCACCUCUUGGCUCUCAUCAGGUUUUUGACUUCCGGUCCAAUAGUUCUGUUGGCUCUCCCACUAGACAGGGAUAUCAGUCCACCUCACCUGCUCUUUCUCCAACUCACCAGAACUCUCAUUACAGGCCUAGUCCACCACAUACUUCCCCAGCUCAUCAAGGUGGAUCUUACCGUUUUAGCCCCCCUCCUGUAGGAGGGCAGGGCAAAGAAUACCCAAGCCCUCCCCCUUCCCCUCUUCGCAGAGGACCUCAGUAUCGGGCCAGCCCUCCAGCUGAAAGCAUGAGUGUCUACAGAUCCCAGUCCGGUUCACCUGUGCGCUAUCAGCAAGAAACAAGUGUUAGCCAGCUUCCGGGCAGACCAAAGUCUCCAUUAUCCAAAAUGGCCCAGCGUUCCUACCAGAUGCCUCAGCUUCCCGUGGCAGUUCCCCAGCAAGGGCUCAGGCUACAGCCUGCUAAGGCCCAGAUUGUGAGAAGCAACCAGCCCAGCUCAGCAGUUCACUCAAGCACUGUCAUCCCCACAGGAGCAUAUGGCCAAGUUGCCCAUUCAAUGGCCAGUAAAUACCAGUCUUCACAAGGAGACAUGGGAGUAAGUCAGAGCCGGUUGGUUUAUCAAGGAUCAAUUGGGGGAAUUGUAGGGGAUGGGAGGCCUGUGCAGCAUGUCCAAGCCAGCCUAAGUGCAGGUGCCAUCUGUCAGCAUGGAGGGUUGACCAAAGAAGAUCUUCCACAGCGACCUUCCUCCGCUUAUCGAGGUGGCAUGAGAUACAGCCAGACACCACAAAUUGGGCGUAGCCAGUCAGCAUCCUAUUACCCAGUAUGUCACUCAAAACUAGAUUUGGAGCGUUCCUCCAGCCAGCUAGGUUCCCCUGAUGUGUCACAUUUAAUCAGAAGACCUAUCAGUGUCAACCCUAGUGAAAUUAAGCCCCACCCACCAACCCCCAGGCCACUGCUGCACUCUCAGAGUGUGGGCCUUCGCUUCUCCCCAUCUAGCAAUAGCAUCUCAUCCACCUCCAACCUGACUCCCACCUUCCGGCCUUCUUCCUCAAUUCAGCAAAUGGAGAUCCCACUGAAACCGGCAUAUGAUAGGUCAUGUGAUGAGCUGUCGCCAGUAUCUCCCACUCAGGGAGGUUACCCCAGUGAGCCUACCCGAUCCAGGACCACACCAUUCAUGGGGAUCAUAGAUAAAACAGCCCGGACUCAACAGUACCCCCACCUUCACCAGCAGAAUCGGACCUGGGCCGUUUCAUCAGUGGAUACCGUACUCAGUCCCACAUCUCCAGGCAACCUGCCUCAGCCUGAGUCCUUCAGUCCACCAUCAUCUAUCAGCAACAUUGCCUUUUAUAAUAAAACCAACAAUGCACAGAAUGGCCAUUUGCUGGAAGACGAUUAUUAUAGCCCCCAUGGGAUGCUGGCUAAUGGGUCCCGCGGAGACCUCUUGGAAAGAGUCAGCCAAGCCUCCUCCUAUCCCGAUGUGAAGGUGGCUCGGACCCUACCCGUGGCUCAGGCAUACCAGGACAACCUGUACAGGCAGUUGUCCCGGGACUCUCGACAAGGGCAGACAUCCCCUAUCAAACCAAAGAGACCGUUUGUGGAAUCUAAUGUUUAAAAGACAUUUGUUGGAGUGAGACCCAUAUGUUUUCACUGCACAUUUUCAGGCUUGGUUUCCACAUUGAGGUAGUUCUCUGGCUUAAUUUCUCAUGUAAUUUAUGUGUGGUGUUCAGAGGUGGCAGCCCACAUGCUGAAAUCCUUUGCAUGCAGCCAACUGGGAAGCUGGCCUCCAGAAAGCCAGGACUUCAGUUUCUCUGGUCUGUGCCCCAGCCACAUGCUCUCCUCCCUCUUCAGAUGCCAACAAGGAGAUUUCUGUGCUGUGUGCUCUAACCCAGGGAGAUCAGACAACACUGGUCAGCUUUUUCCAGGAGACAAUCGCUUUCACUGAUGUUCUUGUUGUAUAAAUGUCUUUUUUCCUUUUUUAAAAAGUAAGAUGUUCUUGUUCGUUUUCUUCUAGGAACUUUAGAAAAGAGCGUGAUGCCCCUUUGCCUUUGCAUUCUUAUCCAGUGCUAUCCAAAUAGCCAGCCCCAGUGCAUUCCUGUGCCAUGGUCUCCUCCCUAGACUCCAGCUCCCUGCAGUCACCAGGUCUAGAAUGUUCAUUUGCAUUAUUGCUGGUCUUCCUAUGGGGUAGAAGGGUCAAGGAAACAGAAGAAAUAAGUCUUUCAGAUUAGAAGAAAAACAGCAUAAUUAUUUGAAGCAUCGCUACAGUGAUUUUCCAAGAGGCAUUUUAAGGACAUUUAGGAAACAGCCAACCCUUUAAGUGCAUCAGUCAGCCAUGGAAAUUCAAUGAGUACCAUGGGCAUUUUUAUAAAGAAUUCACUGAGAAUUAUUCUUAUCUUUUAAACCAGCAAUUAACCACUAAAAGCUGCUGAUUUUCCAAGGGUAGGAAAGGGAAUAAAUACAGAGAGAGAAAACAGAACAAAAGGUUCUGGAUUCUCAGCAAAAUGUUAUAGAGUAUCUGUUCUGUUUUAGAUACUGAAACGUCCCUGAGCAUCAGAUUCCACAAAAAGCAAGCUAUUCCUGAGGGUUGUCUGGUGUAAUAAUCCCAAUUGUUGUAUUUUCACUGAGAGCAUACUCUUGUUUUACUGACCAUACUCUGUUUUCCAACCCAGAUUGUGUUGAGAAGAACUUGGUUCUUCACAAAGCUGAUUGGAUCUUCUUGGGACUGUAAGACUGAUUCUGAGGGCUUCCACUCAAGGCCAUUGCAUUCCAUGCCAGUUGUCUAAUUCCAUUUCAAGAUUUAUAGUUUCAUCAUUCACUACUAGAAGAAUUGUUUUCUUUUGCUAGGGGUGUUUGGGGAGUUGCUAUUGGAAUAUCAGACACAGAAAAGAGUGUUUAAGGUUGAAGACCCUUUCAGUCCUAUUUUCUAGCCCUUAAUGGGGACAUGAGACAGAAAAAAAGUUUCCUCUCCAGUCGUUCUUUACACAUCUUCUAGGUCUUGUGCUUGUUUGGUAACCUAACCUGUGAUUGAAUGAGGCCACUAUGAAAUGGACAGCAAGAACAUUGAAACCAAAGCCUUAGCAUGGUCAUGUUACUGGCUGCACAUCAGCCCUUGAAACUAAGUGGCUCAACCCAAUAAACUUAAACAGCUGAAACUAAACAGAAGAGCAUUAGUUCCCUGUUGUUAGAAAUAAUUCUGCUCUUGUUAGUAAAGGGCUAUAGGAAGGGAAGUUUCCUGAAUAAAAUCUAGUUGUGACCAGACUCAUUUGUAGAAGUCCUCUCUGAAAGGAUCAUUAAGACAUGAGGAGCAUAAAACAGAAUUCAGAAACAUUUCUUUACUCAUUAAGAUCCUGCCAAGUAGAUGGGCCUCCUCAGCCCCAAGCCUAAGACAGCCUAACCCCCAUACUCAUCUCUGUUCGUGGAACAAACAACUGACCCAACUGCAGAAACGUAAGGACUGCCUCUUCUCAAGGAGACCAGGGUGGGACUCUAUCUCCUUACUUUUCUGUAUCUCACAUGAGGAAGAGAAAGUGUGGGCUGGAGGUGUAGCUCAGUAAUAAGAGUGCCUGCCUAAUGUGUAAGGCUGCAGGACUCCCAGCUAUAGGCUGAUACCACAGCUUCAUACUUCAUUUCCUUUCUUUCUUUUUUUCUGAUGCUGGGGAUUGAAUCUGUAGCUUCUCAGCUGUCUUUUUGGCCAGGUCUCAGACGUGUUUAUCUGUUUGCAAUUUUGUCCUAUUUAAAUCACCUCUCAGUGGGGAACUGCUACAUUUUGAUGAAUUUCUCAGCCUAUUAAAAAAGUGCCCCUACCUGUUUGGAAUGCCACACAUACCAUCCACACUCACCUGGUAUGGUAGGUGGGCAAUUCAUGUGGUUUUACAAAUAUGCUACAUCUCCCCAAGGUUUUUCUUUCAGUUUUCCAGGACAAAUGAGAUUUAGGGACUACAUCCUAUUGGGCAAAAAUAUCAACUGUCAAAAUGCAGUUUUUUUAGCCAUAAGAGGGAGUGACUAUCACUAUUGGGGCCCGUUGUUUUACAGAGACACAUCGGGAAUUUAUUGGGGUAGAAGAUGAAGUUCUUCCUUGGAAGCUGACUGUGUACCCUUUUGUGCUAUUUCACUGCCAUGGGAUGAUCUUAGUACUGUAAUUUAGAGAUGUUCCUUCCUCAACAACAGGCAUUUGCUGAAUCAAUGUCUGGCUUCAGGUGGGAGGAAAUUUUUCAAAUGAAGCUGGUUAAAUUCCACUUACCCAAUCCACAUCACUCUGAAAUGGAGAUAGAGGUAACAAACUUCAGCUUAUAAGUUUCUUACCAAAUCAUAUGUUCCCUUUGCCCACAAUUCUUGCACUAAUGGGUUUCCAUCACAUCAUGUCUAUAAAUGGGUGCACUUUACUGUUUGAAUUUGUAACUCUGAUAAAUACUGGAUAUUUAAGUGUGAGUAGUGUCUUUGUUAGGAAUUAGCAGAAUCGCUCUUGUCAUUUAGUGUAUUUUUCAAGAAAAGGAAAAGAAAGAAAUCAAGCAGUGAAUCACAGCAUUU